UGUCUGUGUACUGUUUAUAUAAUAAAUUAUGAAUGGAAAUAGAGAGCAUGGUAGUCACAUAAGAGAUUAAGGUUUUGUUAUUUUUUGUAUAAAUUGAACAGUAAUACAAGCACAAAGUAUUUAGUAACAAAACGUGAACAUAGAUAAUAAUUUAACUGCUAACAACAUUUUUUUUGUCUUAAAGUCAGGAAGGAACAGAGAAUCAAUAACAGAAAAUGAAAAAUGAAUGAUCUAAAAGUAAUAAAUAGGUUCAUAUAUUUGUUCGUUGCACUUUCUUGCACCAAAGCAAGUACAAACAAGAAAGGUUCAUUUAACAAUAUUGGAUAUUCCACCAAAUAUUAUCAUGAAAUUGGUUACAUUUAUACACAAUCUCCAAUUCAGACAUCUGUUUUGCCAAUGGCGGCAUACGACAUGGAAAUAGCUGCCGUGCAAUGUCUUUCUACUUGCCAGAAAGAGGCUAGUUCCAAGGAUGAUUCGAGAUGCGUUGCCGCAAAUUUCAACACAAAAAAUGGAACUUGUCAACUUUUUUCCAAACAGCCCCUCUAUAGGUAUGACAAAAAUGUGAUACGUGAUAAACAAUGGAUGCUAUAUAUGGAAAAAGCUUUAAAGUACCCACGUGACUGUAAAGACAUCACAAUAGACUUCAAAAACCCCUUCUAUCGCUCCUUUGAUGUUCAACCAGACCAACAUAAACCACCAUUUACAGUGCGAUGUGGCAAUGGGAACAAACGUCCUACUUAUAUUCAAAUUCGUCAAAAAGGGAACAGUUUGAACUUUCAAAAUUUAACAUGGGCUCAAUAUCGGAAUGGUUUCAGAGGCAAGUCUUCUGGCCAAUCAUACUACUGGAUUGGAAAUGAGAAUCUCUACACUCUUACAAACAGUCGCAACUAUUCUGUUAGAUUCCACUGUCACCACGGUAACUGGAGCCAUAUAAGAUAUAGCAGAUUUUCCGUUGCUAGCAAAGAAAACUUUUAUCGACUAAAUGUUGGUAUUGUAACAAAAGAUGAAGACAACAUGACUGAUGCCAUUUCAGGAACAGCUAAUGAAGAACAAAACAUAAAUGGGUCACCAUUUCUAACACGUGAGAAUGUUACAGAAAAUGCAUGUGCAAGACAAGGUGGCUGGUGGUACAAAAACUGUACAAAUGCUAACUUUAACACAGCCAAUGAGGAAAUGUUCUGGGGGAGUUUGCGAUGUAAAUCUACAACAAUAAGAGUUUAUCGCGUGAACGCAUGACAAAGUACAAAAUCAUUUACCCUUAAAUGGUUUGGCUAUAGAGAAUUACAUUACAGAAUUACACCAGCGAUAGGGGGAGGGCAGAUCAUAAAGGUUCAUCGUUUCAAGUCAAAACUACUGACAAUUUGGGUAUUUCAGUAAGUUUGACAUGCUCUAACUUUC